AUGUUCCAAAGAAUCAGAGGCGCCAUCGACCGCACCAUUGCCGAGGAGCAAGCCCGCCAGAAGGCUGUCGACAGCGAAACCCUUUCGAGGUCCGGAUCGACGUCGUCUCGCAGGAGUGAUGCCAAUCCUGCCGGACGCCGACCCCGGCAAAAGAAACCGUCUGCCGAUAUAACUGACUCGGCGGCCCCGAACCCCGACCCGGCCGUUUUCGAGGCCGCCUUUGUCAUUGACGAUAGUGACGAGCCCAGCCGCUCGGGGACACCUGCGCCGCCCCCGCCCCCUGAGAAGGAUAACAUUGAUGGAGGCAGGACGUCUGCUCCAAAGGGUGAGGAGGGAGAUAAGUCUCUGGCCAACGGUGCGAAUGCGGAUAAAGAGCACGCAGAUGACAAGUCGAAGGAGGACGGGGAUGCUCCCGCGCCUGCGGAGUUGAGCCCAGAGAUUAAGCAGCGGCUGAGGAAGCUAGAAAAGCUGGAGUCGACGUACCCGGAGCUCCUGCGAUCAUAUAGGGUUGCGCAUAAGCGCGCAACAGCUAUUGAGCCCUUCGAAAAGGCGCUGCGCGAGAAUACGCCGCUUACCUCUAUCAACGACCCGGACUCUCUGGUCGAAUACCUCAACCAAUUGAACUUGAGAGGUGACAUGGUCAUGGAUGAGCUCAAGAAGGUGUCUGCCGACAAGGAAGAACUCAAGAAGAAGCACGCCGAGACCGAAGAGAAGCUCAAGAAGGCGCAGAGCGAAUUGGAAACUCUCAAGAGUGGUAAAUCUAUCGAGGCUGCUGCCGAGUCGAGCGGACGAAAGUCUUUAGAACCACCUGCCCGCACUAGCGUUGAUGUUGCUGCCGAGAAGGUCAAGUCCCCUGUUGCGUCCGUCAUUAGCAUGUUCUCACCCAAGCAGAAGGCGCAAGAUGCCCAUCACGGCAAAUCAGAAAGCGAGGACUUUUUCUCCUACGACGAAGAAAUUCCCCAGUUGCAGGCCGAGGUGGCGUCCAAGACGGAAGAAAUUGAGCAGCUCAAGGGCAAAGUCGAGGAUCUUGAAAAAGAGCUGUCCAUUGCCAAGGAGAACAGCGCUGGCUUGGCAGAAAACUUGGAAAAGACAAGCAAAGCAUUGAGCGAAUCUCGGGAGGCUUCCGGACCGCAGGCAUCGCUACGAAAACAGCUCGACGAACGUAACCAGGAAAUCAGGGCACUAACUGAAAAGUUGGACGCGGCACAGUCAGAGCUGAAGAACCUGGAAGGACGGGCGGAGAGGGAUAAGAAGGAGCAUGCGUCAAGGGUCGAGGAUGUCGAGGCCUCUCUUGCCGAGUCGGACAAGAAGGCCAGUGAGCUUGAUGCUGAGCUCACCAAGGCUAAUAAUGCAAAGUCCAUAUCUAAGAAGCUGAUUGACGACCUUAGCACCCAGAUCGAGAGUCUCAAAAAGGACAAGUCGGAGAGUUUGGCAAAGAUUGAGGAGCUCACUAAGAAACUGGAUUCACCUGCUACAUCCCAACCGACUACCACCCAGCCAACUCCUGCGACACCUCCUGCCGCUGGAGGCUCCAAAAAGAAGAAUAACAAGAAGAAGAAGGGCAAGGGUGCUGCCGGUGGUGCCACUACGGCAGCUCCGCCUCCAGCUGAAGAGGAGGACACCAAGGAAGCUACUGAAAAACCGGACAGUGCUGCCCUUUCUUCCCUUGAGGCUGAGAUUGCCAAGCUCAAGACUGAGGUUGAAGAAAAGGACCAGCAAAUUGAGAAGCUUUCCAAGAGGCGCAAGACCGAGGAAGAUCUACGGGAGGAGAUUGAGAAUUUGCAAGAGAACCUGGUCAACAUUGGACAAGACCAUGUUGAAGCAAAGGAGAAGAUCAAAGAGCUCGAGCAAGAGAAGACCAAGCUCAAGGAACAUAUUGCUGAGCUCGAGGCCCAGGUUGGAUCGUCAAAAUCCAAUGCAACUUCCAACGCAAAGGUUCAAGGCGACCUGGACGCUCUACGAAAGGAGUAUGAUGAUCUCAGGGACAAGUCGACCACGUUACAAUCUGAUUUGGGCGCUGCUCAACAGCUAGCUCAGACCCGGUUCAAAGACCUGACGGACCUGAGGGAAGUACUGCAAAAGGCACAGCCGGAGCUAAAGAGCUUAAGACAAGAGUCGGCCGAAUUGAAGACAACCAAGGAGGAGCUUGCCGCCAAGAUCAAGGAGCUCAAGACUGCAGAGAAGAGGGAGUCGGAGCUUAAGCGUGACGUCAGCAAAGCCCAGCAACUGGUGGCUGAUGGCGAAAAGGAGAUCAAGAGCCUACAAGAGAAGCUCAAGUCCGAGGAAAGCAACAAACAAAAGGCGGAAGAUGGCAAGCGCACGGCUGAGAAGGAUCUACGACGGGCCGAGGCCGACAAGAUUGAGCUCAGUGCCAAGGCCGAAAAGACGGAACGCGAGCUACAAAGGGCACAGGACGAGCUCAACAAGCUGCGGCCGCGUGUCAAGGAGCUGGAGGAGCAGAUGCACAAGCUACGCAGAGAAAAGGCCGCGUCGCAGGAGGAAGCGGAAUUCAAGUCGCAGCAGUACACCAACGCACAGGGCCUGUUGACUAGCAUGCGCGACCAAACGACGGAGCUGUCUGUGCAGCUAAAGGAAUCCAAGUCGCAGGCAGAGUCGCUGGAAGAGGAACUGGUCGAGGUGCAGCGGCUGUUGCAGGAGCGAACGCGUGAGGGAGAGACGAUGCGGCGCCUGCUGGCAGACGUGGACGAGCGCGCAGACACCAAGGUGCGCGAGAUGCGCGGGCGCAUGGAGGCGGCGAUUGAAGAACGCGAGCGCAUCGAAGACGAGUCGAGCACGCUGGCGAGGCGCAAGGCGCGCGAGUCAGAGGAACUGAAGACCAAGAUUCGCGAACUCGAGCGCGAAGUCAAGUCGCUAGCCAGCGAGCGCGACGAGCUCGAGGAGCGGCAGAGGGAGUGGAAGCGGCGCCGGGACGAGCUCGAAGCCAUCGAGUCCAAGGCGUCGGCGGAGACGGAGGAGAUGCGCACGACGGUGUCGCAAUUGCGGUCUGCGCUGGACACGUCGGAGACGCAGCUACGCGAUGGCGAGAAGCAGCGCGGCGACCUGCGCAAGAUGCUGGACGACUCGCGGCAGCGCUAUGAGAAGCUCGCCAGGGACUUGAAGACGGCGCAGUCGAAGCUGGUGGCGGGCUCGAGCCGCAGCUCCAUGGACUCGACGCGAAGCGGCAAUGGGGGCAACGGCGAUACCAUGUACUUGAAGACGAUAUUGCUGCAGUUUCUCGAGCAGAAGGACGGGAGACUAAGGGCGCAGUUGGUGCCUGUGCUGGGCAAGUUGUUGAAGUUUGACAAGAGCGAUGAGCAGAAGUGGUUGAAGGCGGUGCAGCACAUAGAAGUCAAGUGA